CUCACGUCUCCUUUAAGCUCAGCAACGGCGAGGGAUCACUGCAGCUGGAGCUCAAAGACAUGGGCCUGUCCUUCUCCUGGGAAACCCUAAAACUGCGGCAGGCGGUCUGGCACGAGCAUGAUCUCGGCGCCCGUCGCCGCCGCUCGCCGCCGCAGGCCUUGCUCGCCGCAGUGGAUGAAGGUGAUCGAAGCCCUAGUUGAGGAGCAGAGUGUUCCAGAGGCUAGGGUUGCUUUGGCUUCUGGAAUCUCUGCGUUUCUCUAUCUUUUCAUCUCGAUUCACGGUUUUAAGCCGGCCAAGGUGGCUAUGACUUCAGAUCUUCCAUUGGGAUCAGGUCUAGGAUCAUCUGCUUCUUUUUGUGUCGCAAUUGCAGCAGCUCUUCUUGCACUUUCUGAUCCCAUUGAGAGUAUCACAUUAGGGGAGAAUGAACUAAAGCUCGUGAAUGAAUGGGUGUUCGAGGGUGAAAAAAUUAUUCAUGGCAAGCCUUCUGGUAUUGAUAACACAGUGAGCUCAUUUGUAGGAAGCAUGACCAUGUUCAAAUCUGGUGAGUUGGCACACAUGAAACCUACCACACCUCUGAAAAUGCUCAUAACCAAUACAAAAGUGGGGAGAAACACAAAAGCACUGGUUGGUGGUGUAUCUGAAAGAGCUUCACGGUAUCCAGAUGCUAUGUCAUCUGUGUUUACUGCUGUUGAUUCUAUUAGCAAGGAGAUGUCUACCAUUAUUCAGUCACCCGCUCCAGAUGACAUCUCUGUUACUGCAAAGGAUGAGAAGAUAGAAGAGCUGAUGGAGAUGAAUCAAGGUGUACUGCAAUGCAUGGGAGUGAACCAUGCCUCCAGCAAGGUGCUCCAAACAACUCUAAAGGUAUAAAUUGGCAUCCAAGUUGACCGAGGCUGGUGGUGGAGGCUGUCUUCUGACUUUGCUACCUAUAUGUAUCCUUUUCUGACAGUUUUCUCUACCCGAUUAUUUAUUCUGCGAUUACGUAUACAAGGUUUCUCUAAAUUUCUAUCUUUCUCAAAGCCAUCAAGCCCUAUAUUUUCCCUUUAACAUAAAAUCUUUAUGAAAGAAAAGAAUCAUGAAUACCAGGAUCCUCCGAUAGAUGAGCAUUAUCUUUUAACUAACACAAUAAAUAAGAAAGUCAUCUUUCCCUGUCAUUCUGGAGAAUCAUGCUUGAAGUGACUUCUUGAAUUAUCAGUUAUAGGAUACAAUUUGAUUUUUUCACCACUAAUUUAGCUAGAAACCUGUUUAUAUUUCUGAUAUCAGCAGAAGACUUUUUCUGUCACCCACCCCAAGUUAUCAAUGUAGCCUAUAGAACUGCAUAAUGUGAUCCCUUCGGUCUUACCAAGCUCUCCCCAUGUCAAUUCUGUUUGCAACCUCUCUGGGAGAUUCUUCUCUUGAAUAUUUGUUUAACGAAGAUCAUGCUACCUUUAAAUGCUUUUUUCACAUUCUUUAGCUUCAUCUUGAGUUGGUUCCGCAAUACUAGAUCUCCCUUUCUCAACCACACACUUCCCAGUUUCUUAUUCCAUAAAUAUGAAAGACCAUUGUUUUUGAACAUUAGAUAAGAGCCUCAAGACUUCCCCAAUGUGUUCGGUGUAACAAGCAUGGGAACAGUAUAACUUGACCUAAGGAAAUCAUACUUAAGGAGAAAACAUUGUUUUUACAUCGAUGAAUCAGUAACUUUUCUGGGAGUUGUCUCCAGUGAUAUUGCUUUAACCCCCAAGUAUCUGUCCAUACGCCUCACCGGGCUAUGCAGUUCUUUGCCACUAAAGGAACAUAAGUUAUUCAUUGGUCAUAGUAGUUCUAGUUCGUGAGAAUGUGUUAGUUUAUCUUCCGAGAAGGCACCAUUGUAAAUCAUUAUGAUCAAACUUGCUUGUUAUAACUGGAUGAUAGUUUAUUAUUAAAAUAGAUAAACGGUGAACAUUAUUUUCUCUGU